UCCCUUUUCCUUGCUGACAAAUUGGCAUAUUCCCUCGUGCCUUCAAUCUAUUUGCCCAUCCACAUGAUUUCAUCUUGUUUUUUCCCUUUCUCUCUACUCUCUCUACUUUAAUUAGCUUCUCUCUGCAACCAUGCUUAACAAAGCCACGAAAAUCUUGCUGUGGGCCAUCCAUUUAUCCUCCCUCUUCAUCACUGCAUUCUCAGCCGAAGACACCAUCAACAUUGGGGCCAUUUUCUCCCUUGACACCAUCAACGGCAAGGUUGCAAAGAUCGCCAUGGCCGCCGCCGCCGCCGACGUCAAUUCCGAUCCCACCAUUCUCGGCGCCUCCAAACUCCUCCUCUCCGUCUACGACUCCAACUUCAGUGGCUUCCUCGGCAUAAUCGGAGGAUUACGGUAUCUCGAGGCCGACACGGUCGCCAUCAUCGGGCCACAAGCCUCCGGCAUGGCUCGCACCCUCUCACACCUGGCCAACGAGCUUCACGUCCCGAUGCUCUCCUUCACCGCAUUGGAUCCCAUCCUCGCCUCCCUCCAGUACCCUUACUUCAUCCAAACAGCCCCCAACGACCUCUUCCAAAUGGCCGCCAUUGCCGACGCCAUCAGCUUCUACAGCUACAGAGAGGUUGUCGCCAUAUUCCCCGACGACGAGCAGAGCAGGGGAAGCAUCAUAGCCUUAUCCGAGAAGCUCGCCGAGAGGCGCUGCCGGAUCUUCUACAAAUCUCUGCUCUCCCCUGAAUCCCUCGCCACGACCGACGACAUCAUGAAGGAGCUCGUCAAGGUCUCGCUUCUCGAGUCGCGCGUUAUCAUCGUUCACGCUUAUGCUGACGUCGGCCUCAAGGUUUUCGACGUGGCUCACAAGCUGGGGAUGAUGGAGAAGGGGUAUGUUUGGUUCGCGACCGCCUGGCUGUCGACUGUUCUUGACUCUGUCGUUGUUUCUGCAGAGACUGCGAAGUCUCUGCAGGGCGUGCUCGCGGUAAGGCCUCACACCCCGGAUUCCGAGAGGAAGAGGGACUUUGUGUCGAGGUGGGAGAAGCUUAGCAACGGCUCGGUUGAUUUGAAUCCGUAUGGUUUGUAUGCGUACGACACGGUUUGGAUGGUCGCUCACGCGAUCAAGGCGUUUAAAAACGAAGGAGGCGUGAUCUCCUUCUCCAACAACGGAAUUUGGAAGGGUGUGGAUGGAGAGGCCUUGAACAGAUUCGAGGGAGGGGAAUUGCUGCUUAGAUGCUUGUUGAAGACUAAUAUCACAGGGCUAACCGGGCGGAUUGCGUUCGAUGCUGAGAAAUCCGUGAUGAGGCCGGCUUUCGACAUUUUAAAUGUGGUUGGGAGAGGUUACAAGGUGAUAGGGUAUUGGUCUAACUACUCUGGCCUCUCUGUUUUGCCUCCGGAGAGUUUGUAUAGCAAAGCCCCAAAUCGUUCGAGUUCGAGCCAGAAGCUGAGGGCCGUGGUCUGGCCAGGGCAAACCACGGUGAAGCCACGGGGGUGGGUGUUCCCUGACAAGGCGAGGCAGCUGAGAGUUGGGAUCCCGGAUAGAGUUAGUUACAAGGAUUUUGUGUCGAGGGAUGAGAACACGAAUGAGGUUCGUGGAUACUGCAUCGACGUGUUUGUUGCUGCGGUCGGGUUGCUGCCCUAUGCUGUGCCGUAUGAGUUCAUAUCGGUUGGUGAUGGGCAGGCCAAUCCUAGCUAUAAUGAGCUUACACACAUGAUUGUAUCAAAUAGGUUUGAUGCAGUUGUUGGAGACAUAGCAAUCGUGACGAACCGUACGAAAACAGUAGACUUCACGCAGCCUUACACCGAGUCCGGGCUGGUGGUGGUGGCUCCGCUACGGAAGCUGAACUCGAGCCCAUGGGCCUUCAUGCAGCCUUUCACCCUCUCCAUGUGGCUUGUGACGGGGUUGUUUUUCUUGAUCAUAGGCUUCGUUGUAUGGAUUCUCGAGCACAAGAUCAACGAUGAAUUCCGCGGUCCGCCCAGGAAACAACUCAUUACUGUUCUUUGGUUUGGAUUCUCAACAAUGUUCUUUGCACACAGAGAAAACACAGUGAGCACACUAGGGAGGAUGGUGAUCAUAAUAUGGCUGUUCGUAGUGUUGAUAAUAAGCUCGAGCUACACAGCGAGUUUGACAUCGAUGCUGACGGUCCAGCAACUGGCGCCAUCGAUCAAAGGAAUAGAGUCGUUGUUGACGAGCAACGACCGUAUAGGGUUCCAACAAGGCUCAUUCACAGAGAACUAUUUAAUGGAGGAACUCAACAUACCAAAGUGGAGGCUGGUGAGUCUGAGGACGCCGGAAGAGUCAGCGGAGGCGCUAAACAGAGGAAGGGUGGCUGCGGUGGUGGAUGAGCGUCCCUACGUUGAUUUGUUCCUCUCCAAAUACUGCAUGUUUCAGGUGGUUGGGCGGGAGUUCACUAGAAGCGGCUGGGGAUUUGCAUUCCCAAGAGACUCACAGCUAGCAAUGGACUUGUCGACGGCGAUUCUAACGCUGUCGGAGAAUGGAGAGCUCGAAAACAUACAUAACAAGUGGCUGAACAAAGGAGCAUGCACUCUUUCACACAGCCUUAAUUCUGACCAACUUCAACUCAAGAGCUUCUGGGCACUUUUCCUCAUCGCGGGCGUUGCAUGCUUUCUUGCGCUGCUACUCUACUGUUGCUCUAUUGCCUUCAAGUAUAAGCACCAUCCCGUCCCCACUUCCUCCUCAUCCUCAACCUCAUGCUCCCGAAGUAUUCAGAGCUUCUUGUCCUUUGUAGACAUGAAGGAAGAGGAUGAGCCAAGAACCAUGUGGAAGAGAAAGCAUUCUGAAUUGCGUGCUCACACUCGCAAUUAAUUAUAUGUAUAAUGAUCCAUCCAGAACUACUCCUAUUUGUAUAUAUUUAUUAGUUUAUAGGACUCAUUCAUGCAUAACUCCUAGCCCUCCUCUUGCUUGUUGCAUAUCAAACUACACUUAUUGGACGUAUAGGGAUAAUUCAUGAACCUUUUACAUUCUAGAUUCAUGUUUGGAAUUAAC